CAUGUGUUUAAAUGUCGUUUCGUUGAAACACAAUUGGCUUGUUUAUAAGAAAGUGAUAUGUGGAAAGUAUCGUUUUAUUAUAAUUGUGUGUCUUCCGAGGAUGUCUACGUUUAAGAUACCUUUUAUAUCAAUAAUUUCUUUCCAUAUAUAUUUUAUGAAAACCUAAAACACGAUACGUUUAAACAAAUACUAUUGUACAGUACUGACCAAUAGUAAAAUGAUAUCGCAUGCUUAUCUCAUAAAUGACAAAAAAACAACAGUACCGAAACAAGAAGAAUUAUGAAGUCAAUUGACAUGGACGUAUUAGACUCGGGACAGUCAAGUAUAAAGGCUAGAGAGAUAAGUUUUUUGCCUUCGUUCGAAGUCGAUAAAUCUAUGGAGAAUACCGUAACCCUGCCAGACAAAGUCUGCCGGUCCCAAGCCCGGUCAAAGGGGAGGGGAACCAAGAGAACCCCCUGCAGGCCGUAUAUCUCGCAAAAGAUGGGACUUGAUUGCUGGUCUGAAAGAAAAUUACGAUAUACAUGUACUGGAUUAGUCACACUGAAAAUUGUACAGCUACUCCUUUUGUUCAUACUGACUGUAUCGUGGAGAUUCCAUAGGGAACCGCCGCCAUUGGAAAGCAGCACGUACUGUGUUCCAUGCAAUGAUAUCACGCAACCAUACAAUGACACAGGAAACGUUAUUGAUGCAUGGAGACAAAUAUAUAACGAUUCUGUGUGCUGUGGUCCCAUUCGCAGAGUUAUGGAGCUUCGCAUAAAAAAAGAGAUGACGAAGCAAUACUUCGAAAACAAUCAAGCAAAUCCAAGUCUACUUGUUGGAGAAUCGUUUAUCACCGACUGUGACUGGGUGGAAAUCAAAACGCCUACAGCUAAACUGGUUGGAGUGGUAGAUAGCGUUCCAAGUGACAUAGUCCAAGGUCAUUCAAAACUUCGUUGGAACAAGAACAAUCGCACAUUUACUUCAAACAAAUGCAUUCAUCUCGAGCUUGAGGGGGAAAUCUUCGUCAAGAGACCCGGAUACUACAUAGUGUCUUCAACGCUGAAUGUUAAUACGACAGGAACGAACAUUACAACAACAAUAUUCAGUCACCAUGUUAAUCUUCUUUCCCACAAAUUUGGAACGACUGGUGUUCUUAUGCAACACAAAAGAUCUAUCAAAGAAUCCGACAACGGUGUUUUUACAAGUCUUUUAUCCGCGGUUUUUAAACUUCAUAUGCAUGAUAGAAUAUCUGUGUCUGUCAGCGACCAGAACUAUUUCACUCGUAACUUUUCUAACGAUCAAUUCACUGCAUACUACACUUACGACAUGGCCUAAUUCGAGUAUAAAAGAAAUUCUACUUAUCUAUUACAAGAUAGAUAAGACGACACGGAAGAUAUUUUUAUCCCCCGCCUUGAAAAGGCGAGGGGAUAUAGUAAUGGUAGGCGCGAUUCCGUGUGUGUGUGUGUGUGUGUGUGGUGUGUGUCCGUCCGGCCCACAUUCAUUUCUUUGCAUCUCCUCUUACAUUUCUCAUGCGAUUUCUACCAAACUUUCACAGAUUUAUGAUCAUAAAGUGAAGCAGUGCAUAUUGUCGGGCUUUCCCGAUUCGACCAUUUUUGAAAGAGUUAUUACCCUUUGCUUAUUUUACAUUUAAAAUUGGUUUCUUCGCAACUCCUCUUAUGUUUUUCAUGCGAUUUCUACCAAACAUUCACAGAUUGAUGAUCAUAAAGUGAAGCAGCGCUUAUUGUCGGGCUUUCCAGAUUCAACCAUUUUUGAAAGACUUAUUGCCCUUUGCUUAUUUUACAUUUAAAAUUGGUUUCUUCGCAGCUCCUCUUAUGUUUUUCAUGCGAUUUUACCAAACUUUCACAGAUUGAUUAUCAUAAAGUGAAGCAGCGCAUAUUGUCUGGCUUUCCCGAUUCGACUAUUUUUGAAAGAGUUAUUGGCCCUUGUUAUUUUACAUUUAAAAUUGGUUUCUUCGCAACUGCUCUUACGUUUUUCAUGCGAUUUCUACCAAACUUUUACAGAUUGAUGAUCAUAAAGUGAAACAGCGCAUAUUGUCGGGCUUUCCUGAUUUGACCAUUUUUGAAAGAGUUAUCGCCCUUUCCUUAUUUUGCAUUUAAAAUUGGUUUCUUCGCAACUCCUCUUACGUUUUUCAUGCGAUUUUACCAAACUUUCACAGAUUGAUUAUCAUAAAGUUAAGCAGCGCAUAUUGUCUGGCUUUCCCGAUUCGACUAUUUUUGAAAGAGUUAUUGCCCUUUGCUUAUUUUACAUUUAAAAUUGGUUUCUUUGCAACUGCUCUUACGUUUUUCAUGUGAUUUCUACCAAACGUUCACAGAUUGAUGAGCAUAAAGUGAAGCAGCGCAUAUUGUCGGGCUUUCCAGAUUCAACCAUUUUUGAAAGAGUUAUAGCGAUUUGUUUAUUUUUACAUUUGAAAUUGGUUUCUUCGCAACUUCUCUUAUGUUUUUCAUGCUAUUUCUACCAAACAUUCACAGAUUGAUGAUCAUAAAGUUAAGCAGCGCAGAUUGUCUGGCUUUUGUGAUUUGACCAUUUUUGAAAGAGUUAUUGCCCUUUGCUUAGUUUACCUUUAAAAUUGGUUUCUUCGCAACUUCUCUUACGUUUUUCAUGCGAUUUCUACCAAACUUUCACAGAUUAAUUAAUAUAUAGUGACGCAGGGCAUAUUGUCGGGCUUUUGUGAUUCAACCAUUUUUGAAAGAGUUAUAGCCAUUUGUUUAUUUUUACAUUUGAAAUUGGUUUCUUCGCAACUCCUCUUACGUUUUUAUGCGAUUUCUACCAAACUUUCACAGAUUGAUGACCAAAUAGUGAAGCAGUGCAUAUUGUCGGGCUUUCAUGAUUCGGCCAUUUUUAAAAGAGUUAUUGCCCUUUUUUGCAUUUAAAAUUGGUUUCUUCGCAACUCCUCUUAAGUUUUUCAUGUAAUUUCUACCAAACUUUCACAGAUUGAUGAUCAUAAAGUGAAGCAGCGCAUAUUGUCGAACUUUCCUGAUUUGACCAUUUUUGAAAGAGUUAUUGCCCUUUGCCUAUUUUACAUUUAAAAUUGGUUUCUUCGCAACUCCUUUCACAUUUAUGACUAUAAAGUGAUGCAGCGCAAUUUGUCAGGCUUUAUCAAUUUGACCUUUUUUGAAAGAGUUAUUGCCCUUUCUUAAUUUUACGCAUUUCUUAUGUUCCUGAGAAACUACCAAUACCAUUGAUUGGCUUUAGUUCCAAAAAAUGCCCCAUGAGGCGGGGGUUAUAGCUGUCUUAGCUUGUUUAGCCAUUAUUGUUGUCAAGAUUCAAUUUUCAGAAUGUGCAAAAUCAAAACUCCUUAAAAUGUAUGUGCUGUUGGAUUAAUGUACUUGAAAAAAACAUCACAGGUGACACAUUUCAAUAGAAGUAUUCGUAAGACGUUUUGAUGCUCAGCUAGUUCAUAGUUAAACCUGUAAUACUUAUAUCUUAUUGAAGUUUGAUGUGUUGUUUUUGUAUCGACUUUGGCCACUUUUCCUGUAUAAAUUGCUUUAAACGGUCACCAUUUUGUUGUUGACAACGUAUAUUGUAACUUCAUAUCAUAACUGUUCAUGUAUAAAUGUGAAUAUUAAUACUGAUGAAUGCAUUUGAUUUAUUUGGAAAUGAAUUAAAAAAUCUAAUGAGAAA